CCCCUUGCCAGGCAGAACCCCAGCAAUAUGAAGUACAGUUUGGACGACUGCGGAAUUUUCUCACUGGUUGUCUGUAGAUGAGAGAUUCUGUGAGCUCACCUAUUGCCGUAGGUCCUAUUCUUCAGGAGGUGUAGUGGGAAGAACACAGCCUUUGGAGUCAAGCAACCUCUGGAUUUGAACCAGGGCCAGCUGUGACUCUUAAACAUGAUCAUGGAUGCAAAGUACCUGGCUCCUAAGAGGCACACACCCAGUGUUAAUUCUUUAAAGUGAAAUGAGCAUUUGAGGAUUGACAGGAGGAAGAGGAACCAAAAAGGGAGUGACGACAGGACCAAGUAGUGUGGGGUUUCAGAAUAAAGGACAGAGGAGUGCUAGUCAGUAGAGCCAAACCUUGAAGAAAGGUAGAGGAGAAUGAGGACCGACAGGAUUAGUUUUGUUUAAUUUAGUAUCCUUUUUACUACUAAUUUCCAUGAACUCAUGAAAAACUCCAUUGUUCUCUCAUUUACCGCCAGUAGAGUUGGGCACCAGCACACUGUUCUCUUCAGACAAGAGAGAGCAAUUAAGCAAUUUUGAACCUAUGAGCUGAAGCAACAGUGAAUUUCAAUUCUGAUUCCCAGCAUAGCCACGAAGUGAUGCCUCUCCUCUAUCCUCUCUUUGUCUACCUCCAUCUGAACCUGGUCCAAAACAGUCCGAAGAGCACAGUGGAAAGUUUUUACAGCCGCUUCCAUGGAAUGUUUCUGCAGAAUGCUAGCCAGAAGGAUGUCAUUGAGCAGCUACAGACCACUCAAACCAUCCAGGACAUCCUAUCUAACUUCAAGCUUCGAGCAUUCCUAGAUAACAAGUACGUGGUCCGUCUCCAAGAAGACAGCUACAACUACCUUAUCCGCUACCUCCAAAGUGACAACAAUACCGCCCUGUGCAAAGUCCUCACCUUACAUAUUCAUCUUGACGUGCAGCCUGCCAAGAGAACAGACUAUCAGCUGUAUGCCAGUGGCAGCUCCUCCCGCAGUGAGAACAACGGUUUGGAGCCCCCUGACAUGCCCAGCCCUAUUCUGCAGAACGAGGCUGCCCUAGAGGUCUUACAGGAGAGCAUUAAGCGCGUCAAGGAUGGGCCUCCCUCCCUCACUACCAUCUGCUUCUAUGCCUUCUAUAACACAGAGCAGCUGUUGAACACUGCAGAAAUCUCCCCCGAUAGCAAGCUGCUUGCUGCUGGGUUUGACAACUCCUGUAUAAAACUUUGGAGUUUACGAUCCAAGAAGUUAAAAUCAGAGCCCCAUCAAGUAGACGUGUCCCGCAUCCAUUUGGCUUGUGAUAUUCUGGAGGAGGAGGAUGAUGAGGAUGAUAAUGCAGGCACAGAGAUGAAGAUACUGCGGGGCCACUGCGGACCAGUGUACAGCACGAGGUUCCUCGCGGACAGCUCAGGGUUGCUCUCUUGUUCUGAAGACAUGUCCAUCAGAUACUGGGAUCUGGGGAGUUUCACCAACACUGUGUUGUACCAAGGACAUGCCUAUCCUGUGUGGGAUCUGGACAUCAGUCCAUAUAGCCUGUACUUCGCCAGCGGUUCCCACGACCGCACCGCCAGGCUGUGGUCAUUUGAUCGGACGUACCCGCUGAGGAUAUAUGCAGGACACCUGGCAGAUGUGGACUGUGUCAAAUUCCACCCUAAUUCAAACUACUUGGCCACGGGCUCAACCGACAAGACCGUCCGGCUGUGGAGCGCUCAGCAGGGGAACUCGGUGAGGCUUUUCACAGGCCACCGUGGCCCCGUGCUUUCUCUCGCCUUUUCUCCCAACGGUAAGUACUUGGCGUCUGCUGGCGAGGACCAGCGGUUGAAGCUGUGGGACUUGGCCUCUGGGACCCUUUAUAAAGAGUUGAGAGGCCACACAGACAAUAUCACCAGCCUCACCUUCAGUCCAGACAGCGGCUUGAUUGCCUCUGCCUCCAUGGACAACUCGGUGCGCGUCUGGGACAUCAGGAACACUUACUGCAGUGCACCUGCCGACGGCUCCUCCAGCGAGCUCGUGGGCGUGUACACCGGGCAGAUGAGCAACGUCCUGAGCGUGCAGUUCAUGGCCUGUAACCUUCUUCUGGUGACUGGAAUUACACAAGAAAAUCAGGAACAUUAAUUUUUUAACUUUGUUGGAACGGACUGGGGUAACAGUGGAAAGCCUCCAGUUGCAAUCCUUCAAUGAGCUGAGAUUGAAUCAUUGACUGUGAAAGAGCCCCCUCCUCCCCUCUCUCCUGGGCCCUCAUUCCGGGCAGGUCCCCCUUCACUCAGCCCCCCAGUGUCGAAGGCCAAGGUUGGGGAGGGGAACAGGAGAGAGGCAAUGAUGAGUGAUCAAGAAUUAGGGUGCCCUGGAGGUCACUCACAAGUCCUCAUGGAGACUCUGCCGUGACCUCGCGCAUGCGAGCACCUUCCUGUCUCUCAUUUUCCCCAUCUGACCGGGGCUAGGUUUGGUUAGAGGGCGGCUGUAGAGCACCCUCAGGAGAAGUGGCGCCGCAGGGGUCACGCACGGUCCAGCCCUCAGGUGGGAGGGAAGUCCUUGUUGGCAGAGGGAUGUGGGGCGGGAACGAGGAAAGGGGAGGGCAUGAUCCUGGCAAAUAGUCUUUCCUUUUCCGUAAUUACAGAGAACCAGGAUUUUUUUUAAUUAUUGUUAUUAUAAUUAUAAUUAUUAUUAUUAUUGACAUGAGGAAACCUAGCACUGGCAGAGGGCACCUUCUCUGCUUUUAAUCUUUCAGGUUUGACUCCUGGCACUGGCUUUGAUACUUGGAAUUUUGAGGUUCAGGGAAUUCAGAGAAUUUGGUAGCACAGUGUAUUGGGAGAAAGGGAAAUUUCGGGUGACAGAUUGAUCACCCUGGCUGACAUGUUUCUGGAAGUGGGUGGGUGGGUUUGAUUGAGAACAUUUUGGGCUCCUGCAGUGAUGGUGGGAAAGAAAAAUUCUUUCCAAAGCUGCACUUCUCUUAAUAAUUCUCUCCCCUCAAAAGAAAGAUUAUGAUAAAGAAUAAUUUGGAGUAAUAAGUAACAAGAUAGAAUUAGAAAAAUGUUGAAUUUCUGAAUGACCAUUCAGAGGUGUGGCUUUUUCCACGUCUUUUUCUCCUGCAAUGAACUGCUCCCACGUCCUGCACUGCAAUACCAGUCUAAUGAACACUUUGUGAAACAAAUCGUAAGUAUGUACGCACGCAUAUCAAACUAUGCUCUGAGGAUAAAGCAAGUUCUAAUUUGUGGAAAAAGGAUUAAAUAUUUCUGUUUUCUGAAAAGAGUUAUUUUGUAUUUUGUUUUCUAUUAAAAUGUAUUUA